GAGUUCUUUCGUAAACCAUUUAUGAUGAUGGGUACCCAAGCCUCAUGCAUCCCUCGACUUCACGUGAUCAAAUCAAUACAAUCAGUCCGAGUACGUCGGACUCGGGUGAUGUACGAGGUGUGCGAGGAGUCCGAAGGUCCCAAGCUUAGUAUUGCAUCUUCCGCCGGCACAUUUUGGAAGAAGUACUAAAGGUCCCGAAAGACUGCCUGCUUUCGAUUCGGAAUGACGGUUCCAAUACAAUUCUAUCCUUCUAGAUGACUUUUAAUCAACUCUAAGAGGCUUGUGGUUCUGCUUCUCGGUGUGGGAGCUUGGCUAGCACACGAUCAUCAACUCAAAGCAAUCGGCUACAACCUACACUUUCAUUGGCCUCCCCGAAACAGUAAAAAUCUGAAGGUGGGGCUGACAUGGAUGGACUCAACUCGACGACGGGCGCUGGGGGUGCAGAGGCAGCUGCCGGAGCAGCAUUUGACUUCCGACUUUACCGCUACACGCCAUCUCUUCCGGCCGCCAUAGUCAGUGCUGCCGUGUUCGCAGUUCUGACCAUCCUUCAUUUCUGGCGGCUGUAUCGAGCCCGAGCCUUUUACUUCACUGCCUUUGCUCUUGGUGGUGUUUUUCAGACGAUAGGUUACUGCGGACGAAUAUGGUCACACUUUGAUACCAUGGCCAUCGGCGGCUUCGUCAUGCAGGCCAUCCUGAUUCUUGUCGCCCCGGCCCUGUACGCAGCCUCGAUUUACAUGAUCCUCGGCCGCCUGAUUCGAACUCUCCGAGCCGAACACCUUUUCCUGUUGCCUGUGCCAUGGGUCACGAAGAUUUUCGUCACCGGAGACGUCGUCUCGUUUACAAUGCAGGCUGGAGGAGGCGGAAUACAAGCAGCAGGAACCCUGGAGCUCUACGAUAUUGGCGAGAAGAUUAUAAUUAUUGGACUUCUAGUUCAGAUUGUUGUCUUUGGGUUCUUCAUUAUUACGACUAUCCUAUUUCAUCGCCGAAUCAGUCGAAAGCCUACGUCGGUUGCCAUCGAAGGGAUCGUCCCCUGGCGAAGAUACCUCUGGGUCCUUUACAGCACCAGUCUUGUAAUCCUCGUACGAAGCGUCUUCCGAGUCAUCGAAUACCUUCAAGGUAACCGUGGGUACCUGAUUUCACACGAAAUCUUUCUUUACAUCUUCGAUACCGUUCUCAUGGUCGCGGUCAUGGCGAUUUUCCUGGUUUGGUAUGUUGAAGACUUGGAACAGAGGGUAUCGAGAAAAGACCGAGAUACAUUGGGCUUCAGCGAUAGUGCCUGUGUGUUGGAAUAGCUUUCAGGAAGGCAGACUGGCAGGAAAUAGAUGGUGAAGAAUAGCAUUGCUGGUAUUUCCGUCAGUGUCUAGCAUUACUAGAUUGGACCAUGUACGAAAGAGAAGCAUCAGCCGAGGCUUGACACAUCAGUUGCCCACUGCAUCGAUGCGUACAAUUACAUAGACACUGGGUAUUGGAGGAUAUAAACGUGUUGUUUAUAGACAA